AUGGCAUGGAUCGCCGCGUUGGCGGUGAACCGUUUGGAACAUCGGUUCGAGAUCCGCUCCUCGACCAUCAUCUUCUUGUUCUACCUCACAUCGAUCGCAGCAACCAGCAUUAUCCUUCACACCCACUACGACCUACAACAUAACACCACCGCGACAACAAUCCAACUCUUGCCCUUGAUCCUCGCCUUCUUUGCUCAACUAGUCGGAUUCACGGUCGAGGCAUGGCCCAGAGGAUCAACUAGAGUCCAACUGCUCAGUGGCGCACCUGAGUACGACAAAGCCAACAUCUUUUCGCGCCUGGUCAUUCACUUCUUCCAGCCCGUCGUCAGUAUCGGAAUCCGACGGACCCUGACUGCCGACGACACAGCCAACUUGCUCUCGGCGGGAUCGAGGACACAGCCAGGAUACAAGAAGCUUUCGGCUCAAUGGGAUGGAGCACUUCAAAAGCGCGCUCGGAACCCGCGCGACCAGCGACCGCCUUCUUUGUUCUGGACUGUGAUGAGGACCCAACUCGUCGCGAUGCUUCCCAUCCUCUUUUGCAGGAUUGUAAUCGCGCUGUUGUCCUACGCGUUACCAGUUCUCCUGAGUCUGCUGUUGGAUUAUCUGCAGAAUUAUGAGACCAAACCUCAGUCGUACGGGAUAUUUUUGGCCUGCAGCAUGUUCCUGGUUGCCCUCUUCGUUGCCCUUCUCUAUACCUACAACCGGUACCUGAUGUUCCUGGUCAAUGUCGAGACCAAGGCGGCGCUAAUCUCGAUGAUCUACCGCAAGUCUCUCAGGCUCUCGCCGGGAUCAAGGAUGAGGUCGACGACGGGUGAGAUCACCAACCACAUGGCCGUCGAUGCAGAGCAAUGGAACGAGGGUAUGGUGUUCUUAUCGAGCUGGGUUUCAAUUCCACUAGAGAUCGGGAUCGCUUUGUUCUUGUUGUACCGAUUCUUGGGUUGGUCGAUGAUUGCAGGAUUCCUUGGGAUGGUCUUUUUGCUGCCCUUGCAAGGAUUACAGGCCAGGGUUUUCGAAUCGAUGCAGGCCCGGAAACUGGCGGCGAUGGAUCAGCGUAUUCGACUGACGACCGAGGUUCUGGCCGGGAUCAAGAUUGUCAAGAUCUACGGAUGGGAGUCGGCAUUCUUGCAGCGGAUUCUGUCGACCAGGAACCAGGAACUAGCAGCCCUAAAGAUGAUUGGAAUUCUGCAGGCGUUCAUGUCGAUCAUCUUUAUAUCGUCGUCAUUAAUUAUCAGUCUGGUUACCUUUGGCGUCUUUGCACUCUGGGGAGGACCUAAUUUCACGCGGGGAACCUUGACGCCGCAGGUUGUCUUUGUCAGCAUGACCUUGUUUGCGAUGCUCAGGAGCCCGAUUUCCAGUCUGUCAGAGGCGACUACAUCUACCAUCAGUCUUAUUGUCGGCACCAGGCGUGUUCAGGAAUUCUUAUUAAGGGAGGAGAUUCGGGAGGAGGAUGUCAUUCGAUUCAGGAACGUGCCAAAGAACCCUCAGGAACCUGUCAUCCUCAUGAAGGACGCGUCGUUCACUUGGUCCGACCCCGCAUCACCAUCGCUGACGGAAACCACAGUCGAGAACGAAGAACGUCAGCCCCUGAUCUCUUCUGAAGGUGAAGCAGCGACCUUGGAGACACAUGCGACUCUGGAAUCGAUCGACUUGUCCAUCCGGAACGGCAGCCUGACUGCCAUUGUCGGGCGAGUCGGACAAGGAAAAUCAUCCCUUCUGAGCGCCAUCAUCGGAGAGAUGUACAAAUUGCAGGGACGGAUUCAAGUAUCUGGUCGGAUCGCCUAUGUCCCACAACAGAGCUGGAUCAUGAACGCGACCCUACGGGACAACAUCCUCUUUGGAAACGAAUAUGAUCAGGAACGGUACCAACAUAUCCUCUUUGCCUGCGGUCUCGAACCAGACCUUGCGAUCCUUCCAGCAGGAGAUAUGACUGAGAUUGGGGAGCGCGGGAUCAACCUGUCAGGAGGCCAGAAGCAGCGUAUCUCGCUCGCGCGAGCGGCAUACGACAACGCGGAUAUCUACCUGCUGGACGACCCCUUGAGCGCCGUCGAUGCACAUGUCGAUCGGCAUUUGUGGGAUCAUCUCUUGGGACCGACUGGUUUGCUCCGCAACAAGGCGCGCGUCUUGGUGACCCAUGGAAUCCAACAUCUGCGGGAAAUUGACUGGAUAGUGAUGCUGAAGGAUGGAUUGGUUGUGGAACAGGGGAACUACCAGGAGCUGAUGAAGGACAAGAAGAUGUUUUACCAGCUCAUCAAGGAGUAUGCCACAGCCCGUCGACCAUCUCUCUCGAGCAGGAGAAAAUCAUCAGCAGCCAUACUUCUCCCACGGGAGUCCUCGCCGGUUACUGGAGAGCUCAACCCAGGAAAUAGUUCCAUCAAUACCGACCUCAACAACACACUGCUGGCCCCUAACGUCCACGAGAGCGACUCUAUGAGCUUUACGUUGUCAGAGGCUACGGAUAGCAGUGACCAAGAAGCGGAUGAAACUGCUACCACGAACCCUGAACCCGCCAGUCCUAUAACGGCCGUGAAUGACGACACCAAGAAGGACACCAAGGCAGAACUCAUUGCCGCCGAGAAGAUGAUGGAGGGUCAGGUGGACGCCAACAUUUUUCUUGUCUACAUGAAGGCAUUGCGCUACAGGAACGCGGUGAUAAUGUGGAUCCUCUUCAUCCUUGCGCAGAUCUGUCUUGUAAGCACCAGUCUGUGGCUCAAAUACUGGAUCAAACGGACCGAAGAGUCUCAAAAUCUCAUCAAAAACAACAAUGGCGACAACGGCACCCCGACGGCAGAACCUCCAUCAGUAGGUCUCUUCUUGGGCGUCUACGCACUCCUGACAUUCUUCUACGUCCUCCUCUACGUGGUCGUCUCCUACCUCACCUUUGCCCAUGCCCGCAUCCGCGCCUCAGAACUCCUCCACCGAGACUUUCUCACAAAGAUCAUGCACCUUCCCAUGUCCUUCUUUGACACGACCCCACUUGGUCGAGUGCUCAACCGAUUCUCAUCCGAUUUCGCGUCCAUCGAUGAUCGCCUCCCCAACAAGUUCUUUGACGCCAAUUAUUUCUUGGUCACGGUCGCAGGGACGUUCAUGUUGAUCAUUUAUACGGCGCCGCAGUUCUUGAUAGUCUUGCCGGUGUUGGUGGCGGCUUAUUAUGGGAUUCAGGUGUGCUUCUUGAGGAUCUCGCAGGUUGUGACGAGGAUGUACUCGGUUUCGAAAUCGCCAGUUUAUCAGCAUUUUAACGAGUCCUUGAAUGGCGUGUCGACGAUUCGGGCUAUGGCCGUUCAGGAGAGGUUUAUCGAGGCGAAUGGGGCGAGAAUGGAUCGGAUGGCGAAUAGUUUCAUGGGUACCAUGACAUCGAAACGGUGGGUCGAGGUGCAAUUGAGGUUGUUGAGUACCUUUGUGCUCUUGUUUGCAGCGCUGUUUGCGGUUUUGGGACGCGAGAGGUUGGAUCCUAGUCUUGUCGGGUUGACGAUUAGUUUUGCAAUGUCGAUUACUGAGGAGAUUACUAGUCUUGUCCGCAUUGGAUGCGACUUUCAGAACCAUUUGGUGGCGGUGGAGAGGGUGAUCGAAUACACGGAUUUGAAGACAGAAGCACCCGAACACACCAACGUCGUCCUACCACCCAACUGGCCCAGCCAGGGCCACAUCCGAUUCAAGAACUAUUCCACACGAUACCGUGAUGGUCUGGAUCUGGUCCUCAAGAAUAUCUCGCUUGAAAUCUUGCCUGCACAAAAGAUUGGAAUUGUCGGCAGGACUGGUGCGGGCAAGUCGUCGUUGACGCUUGCGCUGUUCCGGAUCAUCGAGGCAGCUUCUUCUUUGUCUUCUCCACUUGGCCAGAACGGCGACGUGGUUGAUAUGAGAGAAGAACCAAACGAAAGGGAAGAAGAAGAUGGAGGGUCGAUUGAGAUUGACGGGAUCGACAUCUCAACCAUCGGCCUAGAAGACCUCCGAAAACACCUCGCCAUCAUCCCGCAGGACCCAGUCCUGUUUGCAGGAACAAUCCGCGAAAACCUCGACCCCUUCCACUCCCUCCCAGACAACCUCCUCUGGGAAUCCCUCGACCGGUCCCACCUAAAACCUCUCAUCUCCUCACUCCCCGGUCAACUCUCCUUCGUCGUCUCCCAGAACGGCGAGAAUUUCUCAGUAGGCCAACGGUCCCUCAUCUGUCUCGCCCGUGCCCUCCUCCGGAAAUCGAGGGUUUUGAUCUUGGAUGAAGCGACGGCGGCAGUGGAUGUGGAGACAGACGAGUUGAUUCAGAAGACGAUCCGGGAGGAGUUUAGGGAUAGGACCGUGCUGACGAUUGCACAUCGGAUCAAGACUGUGAUGGAUUCGGAUAGGAUUCUGGUGUUGGGGAAGGGGAGGGUGGAGGAGUUUGAGAGGCCCGAAGUGUUGUUGGCGAGGAAGGAGGAGAGUUUGUUUUAUAGGCUUGCUGAGCAGGCUGGUGAGAUCUGA